AUGGCCGAAUAUAAAGCUUGUAUCCUCGAUUUUAAAAUCUCCAUUGACAUGAAUUUCCACGAGCUAUUGGUCAUGGAAGAUUCAGAUCUUUUGAUAUAUCAGGUUAAAGGAGAGUGGGCCGUGAAGAAUAUGAACAUUAUAUCUUACGUACAACAUACUCCAAGAAUACAAAAUGAGUUGGUUGAUGCUCUUGCCAUCAUCGCUUCAAUGAUUAAACAUCCGAAUACUCAUUAUAUUGAUUCUCUAGAUAUAGAUCUGAAAGAAUAUCCAGUCCAUUGUUCACAUGUUGAAGCAGAACCAGACGGUUUGCCUUGGUAUCUCGAUAUAAAGAAGUAUUUGGAGUCAGGGAGUUAUCCUGAAGAUGCCAAAUCCAAACAAAAGGAAUUCAGUAUGCUAACGUCGACUGGAGCUACUCCAUACAUGAUGCUAUAUGGAUCAGAAGCAGCUAUACCUGCUGAAGUUGAAAUUCCAUCAUUGAGAAUCAUCCAAGAGGCUGAGUUGAGUAAUGCUUAA